AUGCAGCAGCAGAAUAACUACUUCCACGAGCAAGAAGAAACAAAGAUAAAUGUCGAAAGCGGGAAGGAAAAGGGUUGAGCUUUUGCUGUUUAUUACAAGGGAAGACCUGUGAUUGACGUUUGGGGCGGGUACGCAGAUGCAGAGAGUUAUCGCCCCUGGACAGAGAAUACUACCACGGUGGCCUUCUCCUGCACAAAGGGAGUCGCCGCCAUCUUACUUGUGAAAAUGAUGGAGCUAGGAAUCAUCAGCCCCAAAUCGCUAGUGAAGGACUACUGGCCCGAGUUUGCGGUCAACGGGAAGGACAACAUCACCGUAGAGAUGCUGAUGAGUCACCAGGCCGGACUUGUAUACUUGGAUACACCGCUGUCUCUUCGAGACUAUAUCGAUGACAGAGAGAAAUGGUUGAAGACUCUUGCAGACCAAUCGCCCGCCUGGCCGCCUGGUUCGCAGUUUGGUUACCAUUCGUUGACUUUUGGUAUGUACGUGGACGAGUUGAUACAGAGGGCAGAUCCACAGCACAGAGACACGGCAACCAUCUUCCAAGAGCUGAUCGGAAGACCCUUCAGUUUAGAUUUCGGUAUGAACACACCUCAGUGCGAGUUUGCACGCUCGGCAAGACUGGUCACCAAAUCGAAGCUGCAGCUACUAAUCGAUUCGCUCAGUUUUCCACGAUACCUCGUUCCCAUGUUCCAGAUUAUAACCCAGCCUAACUCGCUCAUGGCGAAGUCUAUAGUGCCUAUUAUAGAAUACGCUCAGGAUACAAAAACGUUAAACAAUCCCACAGUCCGCGAGGUCACAAUAUCGUCUGCAUCCGGAACAGGAACAGCUCGUGGAUUGGCCAGACUUUACGGAAUAAUCGCCAACGGAGGAUCGGUGGGCGGAGAUUCGUUGCUGUCACGUGACAGUAUCAAGUACCUGUCCACGCCUAUUAUCUUUGGCAAAGACACCGUGUUUAUCACUGGAGAGGAAACGAGCUUUGGACUUGGAACAUUUUAUAGAAAGAACCCAAAAGGCCAAGACGCCGUGGGUCACACCGGGCACGGAGGUCAGGUUGCUAUUGGUGACGAGGCGAAUGCCCUGGGUAUCGCCUACCUGACCAAUCACCUGUCAAUCAACGGCAUUGGGGAUGACCCGAGAUACGUUGAUCUCGAGAACGCCCUAUAUCGGGUGAUUGACAGAUUGCAGACGAGGACUUAAAUAUGACUUAUAAUAGGCCAAGUAUAGGAAAACAAUUAUAUCAUUAUUAUUUUUAAAUUCCAAGUGUAUGCGUGAUAGAAAUAUAUGUGCGAUGAGAAUUUAAACCGUGUUUAGGCAAGUAUUUAAAUUACAAUUAAGAAUAAUUGAUGAUCACUAAUGUGGGAUUUUAUGCUUCAUGGUGAAUUAUUCCAUUGAUGAUAUCGGAGUAUUGUAAAAAAGUAUUUGCUUACUGAAUAUCAAAACUGAAUCGCUCUUUAAGCCCCACCUUUUUGUAGCCAAUUUUUUCCUUCAAUUCAUGCGUGCAUGGAUAUAGAUAUUUGCCCUGACGAUCGUAAAGCCAGGUCUGUUUGACAUGCGUUUUAAAAUAUUUCAUAAGUUCUGUUAAAUGUUUUGUGUUUUCAAAUUAUUGAAUACGGAUAGUAAUAAAGCACAUUGAAAGACGCUUCGACCGAAAUUAGACUGAAUGAUUCCUGCCAGCCGGAACAAUACUGUUGUAGCAGAAUGUUAGGUAAAAGUAAGGAGUGCUUCGCAUUGUGUACACUUUCCCCAUGUGAACAAUUUAGUAACUAGUAGGAGAAUGUAGCGUGUCGCUUUUCAAAAUUGUAUCACAGUGCACACAUCUGCAGAUCUAUAAAUAAAUAUAUUUGAACUGGA